AUUGACACUUAAGCAGACGAUAAUAUCCUGACCCACAUGAAUAAAGGACGAGUCUAAAUCUUAAACUCUUCCAACUUAAAAUACAUAUCAUUUCGAGUGUUUCAACGGUUUGCAGAAUUUAUCGAAACGAUCUGAGAUGGCGGUUAUAAGUCAGAGGAGGAACUUUGUCUUUGUCAUUGUGGUCUUCAUUUGUAUUGCUUGUUCAGAGGCUCGCAAUUAUGAGAACAACAUGGAUGGACGCCUUGACUUCCGGUGCUCAAGUCAAAAUGAAGCUAUCAAGUCCAUAUACAGCACACAUAAUGCUUAUUAUGAAGACAGGACUUUUGAUAUUGGCUGUGCCACUGUUCCGUAUGCAGAAGGAUCCAGAUAUUGUGAUUCUACAGGUUCCUGGAAAAAUAAACUUGAUGAGUUGCUUGCUUUCCAUUGUUCUGCAAAUCGUUAUAUUGUCGGAAUGAUAAGUGUACAUGAUGACUCGACGGAAGACAGAAAAUGGAGAUUUUAUUGCUGCGGAUAUUCAAAUAUUUAUCUCCAUUCAUGCGAACUAACUGACUGGACUAACAGUUUUGAUAACGUCCAAAGCUUUUAUGUACCUUCUGGAAAAGUUAUUACUGGAGUAGUGUCAAUUCAUAGUAAUUACUAUAUGGACAGAAUUUACAGGUACAACCUCUGCAAAGUGGGCAAAGUUCCCGUCAAAAAAGUACAUAUACACAGAUAUCCAGUGAUAGAGCAAAAUGACUAAAAUUCUCAUUUAUGAAAAAGUGAGGAAAAAAACACUGAUAAAAAAGACAUACAUGUAUAUUAUUACACUGAUAAGCGUCUUUACUAUUUUUUUUCAAAGUACAAAAUAACGGUAAAAGUGUUUUAAUAAAAGCAAGUGAUUUGCAUUGAUUAGUGAUUGAUACUAACCAGUGAUUUGUGAAUAUCAUUGAUUUGUAAUUAUAAGUGAAUUGUAAUAACUAGUAAUUUAUAACUAUUAGUGAUUUGUGGUUACCACAUAUUUAAAAUCAUUUUUGAUAUGUAAUAACAAAUAAUUUAUCAGUGAUUUGUAAUAAUCAAUGAUUUGCAAUUAUUAGUGGUUUGUAGUUAUCAGAGUUUUGAAAUUAUAAUUUGUAGUUGUCAGUUAUCUGUAAUUAUUUCUUGUUUUUUUUGUUAUCAGUGAUUUGUAAUUAUUAGAGGUUUGUGGUUAUCAGUGAUUUGUAAUCAUUAGAGGUUUGUGGUUAUCAGUAAUUUGAAAUUAUUAGAGGUUUGUGGUUAUUACUAUUCUGAAAUUGUAACUGGUUAGUAGUAACCAGUUAUUUGUAAUAAUUAGUUGUUUUUCGGUUAUCAGUGACUUGAGAUUAUUACUGGUUUGUAGUAAUCAGUAAUUUGUAAUAAUAAGUGAAUUAUGAUUAUCAGUGAUUUUUAUGACUAUAACAGAAACAAAACGAUUUUUUCCUGUAAAUGCUUUAAUCCAAGUUACAAAGAAUUAUAGAAAACAAUUGUUUUUAUUUCUGAAGUGUUCAUUGAAAUAAAUAUAUAUGAAUAAG